AUGAGGGAGAGGAAGUGGGAAGAGCUGAACAGAGACUGCUUGGUUGAAGUGUUGAGAAGAUUAGGUAUAGAGGCACUGUUGAUGCAAGUUCCCUUGGUGUGCAGGUCGUGGUACGAAGCCAGUCUUGACCCCAUAUGUUGGAAAAACCUUAACUUUCACACCCUCUCAUCUUUCCGACCAUCUCCGGCUCGUCUCCGACCACCGUUCCGUUCAGUUUCGUUUUAUAACUUCUUCACCAUACCAAAAAAAGAAGAUCUUGACGUCGUCACUGCUUUCGUCCGGUUCGUGGUGGACCGCAGUCAUAGGUCUGCGACUACACUAGUCGUUGCAGACUUCUUCACUGAGCAGGCAUUGGAAUAUGCGUCGGAACAGUGUCCAGAACUGAAGUGGUUAUAUCUGCCUCGUGAUUUUAUGUUGGGCGUGGUGGAGCAUAUCCCCCAAUUUAUAGGAAGGUGGGAGAGUUUAGAGUUGUUAUAUGUUGAAGGCUGCUCUUAUCUUGACAAGAUCCUAACCCCAAUAAGCACUAAUUGCCAAAAGUUUUUUGCUCUAUGUUGCAAUCAUGUGGAAAUUAGUGAUGAAGCUGCCAUUUUGUUGGUGAAAUUAGCAUCUAAAGUCAAGUACUUGAGAAUAAGUGUCUCUCAAAUCUCCCGAGAUAAUCUUGAGAUGCUUUUAGAGGGCUGCAAACAUCUCAAGCUCUUAUGCUUUGAGUACUUCGAUGGAGUUGAUGAUGUGAUAUUUGGAGUAGGUUUUACUUCUCAUAUCAUGUCUUUGUUCAUGAAGGAUCCGAUGCUUCAAGAUUGUUGCUAUGAAGAUCUGUUUCCAUCUAAAGACAAGCUGGUUUAUUUGUAG